GGGAGGCUGGGAGGCCGGCUGGGUGGGGAGUGUGGGCGGUGGGCGGUGCCACCCUGCGCGGGAGGCGGCUCCAGCCUGCGCCCGGCCGGCCGCGCUUCCAGCCCAGAGAGGAGCCGGGGAAGCGGCUUACGGAGCCCCCAGUCUCCCCGCCGAGUUGCUGCUGCCCGGACGUCUGUGCCGUGCUCUCCGUCCAGGGUGCCUCCCAUCUGCCUGAUGACCUCCAUAAUCCCGCUGAUGGUUUUCACAGGAGGGUUUUUUGUUGAAUGCAUGUAAGAGCUUUCUGGAACUGCCGCGGACUGUUUAUGUUUCCUGCUCUAAACCGGACCUCGCCCUGCCCUUCCCGCUGCCAGGAUGGCCCAGUCCAAGGCCAACGGCUCCCACUAUGCCCUGACAGCCAUCGGCCUGGGGAUGCUGGUCCUCGGGGUCAUCAUGGCCAUGUGGAACCUGGUGCCCGGCUUCAGCUCCGGCGAGAAGCCAACAGCCCAGGGGAAUAAGACCGAGAUUGGCAGCGGCAUCCUUAAGAGCAAGACCUUCUCCGUGGCCUAUGUGCUGGUCGGGGCCGGGGUGAUGCUGCUGCUGCUCUCCAUCUGCCUGAGCAUCCGGGACAAGAGGAAGCAGCGGCAAGAUGAUGAGAUGGCCCACAUCCAGCGCCAGGCAGGCGUGGAGGCCCACGCCCAGGAGGAAGACAGCCAAGAAGAGGAAGAGGAGGUAGAAGAUUCCUCCAGGUACUAUGUCCCCAGUUAUGAGGAAGUAAUGAACACCAACUACUCAGAGAGGAGGGAACUGGAUCAGAACCCGAGGAUGAGUAUCUCCCUCCCCUCCUAUGAGUCUCUGACAGGGCUCGAUGAGACCAGCCCCACCACGACAGCCAGGGCAGACGGGGAAGCCAGCCGUGGCAACCCCCCUGACAGGCAGAACUCCAAGUUGGCCAAACGCCUGAAGCCACUCAAAGUGCGAAGAAUUAAGUCCGAAAAGCUCCAUCUCAAAGAUUUUCGGAUCAAUCUCCCAGACAAAAACAUCCCUCCUCCCUCCAUCGAGCCUCUGACGCCUCCACCACAGUACGAUGAGGUCCAGGAACAGGUCCCCAACGCUCGGCCACCUGACUGACAGCCCCUCUUCUGUGGAUUCCCUCCUGCUGUUCACCCUCUGCACCAACAGGAACCCCCACCCCCCAGUGAAGCCACUUCAGCCAUAGUUGAGAAGCAGAGGGGCCAAAUGUGUGUGUGUGGGGGGGGGUAGGCAGAGUGGGAGGGGGGGUUCCUGUGAUUCAGGGGUGACUCGAACACCCAGAGAACCUCAGGUAGCAGGUGCAUGGGGGAGAGAUGUCACCGGGGUUGUCAGCAUAUGUUCCCCAUUGGCUUUCCUCAACUCUGAACCAUUGGCAACAGAACUCCUCUUUCUCAAGCUUGGGGAAACUUUUGUUUUUGGUUUUUUUUUACCAGAACAGUGCACAGCUCUAGCUUAUUAUGGUGGCCACGCUGGGGAUUGAAACCUCAGAGCCUCAGGCAUGAAAGUCUUUUUGCAUAACCAUUAUGCUGAUCUCCCCAGCCCUCUGCUUUCCAGCCUGGAAAAGAGAGCUAGCAACUGGUUUAGACUGUGGUUUUCUUGCGUUUCCACUAGGACUGUCAUAUUUCAAAAACAGGGCAGGCCUUCACUUUCUUUACUGGGAUUCUGCACUCUGAGUAAGAACCACGACUCAGCUGUGUUGAAAAGACACGGGUCAUUUCGUGAAUUAAGUGAAAUAAAUGCGGGCUAAGGAGAAGCUCAGAAUGGGCUCUGGUGGCCCCGGGUGCCACUGGUUGGUUCUUAGAGGGCCCAAGGCCUGAUGAAACACAGAUCACAGUCUUAAUUGGAGCACGUCACAAUCUCUCCCACAGAAUGGCGACAAAAGAAAACCGUGUGAGAUGUUCUGUUCUGCAGAGAAUGUUGUGCAGCCGAGCUUUUUAUAAUAAAAUGUUUUCUAUGUAGUA